GCGGUCACACUAGUGAGGCCGGCUGUAAAUGUUUAAAAAACUAUUAUUAGUUUUUAUUAGUUGAUUAGCCCGAUUGCAGGGAGAUCCAAUCUGAUAAAAGAUACUCGCUGUCGGUAGCCAGGUCUUUGUGUUUCCAUGAAGCUCCUAAAACCCGCAUGGGUCCAUCACGAUGCAAAGCAAAUCUUCUCGGUAGACAUACAUCAGGACUGUACAAAGUUCGCCACCGGCGGUCAGGGCAACGAUUGCGGUCGUGUCGUUAUCUGGAACCUUCAGCCGGUGCUCAGCGAGAAGGAUGAGUUCGAUGAGGCGAUACCGAAGAUGCUGUGCCAGAUGGACCAGCACCUGGCGUGCGUCAACUGUGUGCGCUGGUCGCAGAACGGCGUCUACCUCGCCUCCGGCUCCGACGAUAAGCUGAUAAUGAUUUGGCGCAAAAGCACCGGAUCCAGCGGUGUCUUCGGCACCGGCGGCAUGCAGAAGAAUCACGAAUCGUGGCGCUGCUUCCACACGCUGCGCGGCCAUGCGGGCGAUGUGCUGGACCUCGCCUGGUCCCCCAAUGACAUCUAUUUGGCCAGCUGCAGCAUCGACAACACGGUCAUCAUUUGGGAUGCCCAGGCGUUCCCCGCGAUGGUGACCACGCUGAAGGGGCACACGGGCCUGGUGAAGGGUGUGUCCUGGGAUCCGGUGGGCAGGUUUCUCGCCUCCCAGUCCGACGAUCAUAGCAUCAAAACGUGGAACACCAUCGACUGGACACUCUCCGAGACGAUCACGGAGCCGUUCGAGGAGUGCGGCGGCACGACGCAUAUUCUGCGUCUCUCCUGGUCCCCGGACGGCCAGUAUCUGGUCUCGGCGCAUGCCAUGAACGGCGGCGUACCCACCGCACAGAUCAUCGAGCGUGAGGGCUGGCGCUGUGACAAGGAUUUCGUUGGUCAUCGCAAGGCCGUCACCUGCGUCCGCUUCCACAACUCGGUGCUGUGCCGCCCAAUGCCCGAUGGCCAGAAGAAGCGGCAGUACUGCUGCCUGGCCGUUGGCUCCAGGGAUCGCUCGCUGUCCGUCUGGAUGACGGCGCUGCAGCGGCCGCUGGUACUCAUCCACGAACUGUUCGAGGACAGCAUCCUGGACCUGUCCUGGGGCCCCGACCAGUGUCUGCUGAUGGCCUGCAGCGGCGACGGCACUGUGGCCUGCCUGCAGUUCACCGACGAAGAGCUCGGCGAGCGACUCUCCGCGGACAACAUGGACGCGCUGUUCAUGAAGCUUUACGGGGAGUUGUAUGGCGCCGGCUUGGGUCUCGGCAACAAGACGUCGGUGGUGACAGCCGAUCAGAGUUGUUCCUACCAGUCGGAGGCGUCGGCACUGCAAACGUCGGCUCUGCCUUUUCCGCUGCCCAAUGCCGCGCUGGAGCGACGCACGGCCUCCACGGCACAGCGACCCAUCAGCAAGCAGACCGAGACACGCACAAAGGAUGGCAAACGAAGGAUUACGCCCAUGUUCAUACCGCUGAAUGAGGAGGAGCGUGCUCCAGCCUCCAUUGCCUCCAGCAGUGGCACGCCCACAGUGCCAGCCGCGAUAGAACGUUCGCAUGCCACCACGCCCACGGAGUGCGCGGUGACGCCACGCAUGCCCGAGCCGCUGGUGUCGUCGGCACGCAAGAAUCAGCCAGCAGCGGCGCAUCGGCGGCAGGAUCGAACGCCCUUCGAUACCAGCCAGCAGGCGGACUUUCCACGCUCGCCCAAGACCCCCGACGAGCAUCAGGGCACAACAAUGGGUCCCAAGCUCAAUAUUACGGCCACGGCGAAGAGUGAGUUCGUGAAGACGGCCCUCGACUACAGGCUGCUCGUGCAGAAUGGACACCUGAAGACGAGUCAUGGGAUGCUGGCCAAGGUGACGGCCAGCAUUGAUGGUGAAUUCCUGUGGGAGUUCUAUGUGGGCUCGCCUGUGGUCAAUGUGAAUCUCUGCGCCAAAUACUGCAUGCUCUGCUCCCUCGAUGGCAGCAUGCGGCUGAUAUCAAUGGAAACGGGCUGUCAUGUCUUCCCAGCCAUUGCUCUCUCCAGCUCGGCCGUGCACUGCGCCUUUAGUCCCGACAACAGUUUGGUGGGCGUGCUGACUGAAUGCGGUUUGCUGCGCAUUUGGAAUAUUGCUGGUGCGACGAUUAGCCUGGCCGCUGGCUGCAAGGAGCUGCUGAUCAAGCACGGCGCUGUCGUGCAGUUCUCGGUGACGGAUCAGGGCAUGCCGCUGAUUGGCUUCCCCAAUGGCAACUCCUACUCGUACUCCACCAGCCUCGAGUCAUGGCUGGUGCUGGCCACCAAGGAUGCGAUCAUGUACCAUGGCAUCCGCGGCACUCUGCCCCGCGACGAGGAUCUUGUGGCGCGUAAAUUUCCGCUGCUCAGCAUGCAGGCCAGUAGCCAGAAUUACUUUGUGCUCGGCAGCGGCAUGGAGCUGCGUAAAUUGGAGAGCUGGCAGCAGACGGCAAAAAUUCUGUUCAUCGACAAUCAAAUCAAGUUGUGCGAAGCGCUGCAAUCGACGGAUGAACUGAAGCAUUGGCACACGAUGCAGGCGCUUCAAUUAUCCGCCUAUGGCUCGGAGAAACGUUUGCGCAUGUUCCUCGAUGAGUUGCUCUCGAACUCGGACACGGGCAUAUCAACGUUCGCGUCAAAGCACGAGCUGGCGCAGUGCGUGCUGGACACAUUGAAGUCGCACGGACAGUGGCGUCGCCUGCACACGGAAUACACGGAACUGCUUAAGUUCUGCCGCAAUCAGCGUAUUGAGGAGAUCUUUGCCACGCCCGCACCGCCACAGCCGCGUUCGGCCUCACCCAGUCCGCCGCAUCAGCAGCAAACGGUGUCGCCCAGUCCGCCGCGUGUGCCCCCCACUGUGUCGCCCAGUUCGCCGCGCACAUCCCAAACGGUCUCGCCCAGUCCGCCACGUGUGCCGCCCAGUCCGCCGCGUACGGCCCCAGCGGUCUCUCCUAGUCCGCCCAAUCCACAAGCCGGCAUGCCGAGCGUGUCCCCCAAUGCCUCACAGCUGCCCAGUCCUGGCACAGUGUCACCCGAAACGCCACAAUCGGGCACAGAGUCAUCCGGCACGCCGCCCGGUCAGUUGUUGCCGCAAACAGCCGCCACCAGUCCGCUGCAAACGCACUUUGUGUCCUCCAGUCCGUCACAGUCGGGCACACAAUCGCCCCAAACGCCACAAUCGGAAACGGAGUCGCCACAGCCGCCCAGUCCGGUGUAUCCCUAA